CUUCGAAAUGAUCGAGAUUGAAAAACAUGUUGAUCGGUGGAGCCAAGGGAAGUAAGAUUUUAGUAACUACUCGUUCAGUUGUAGUUGUGGAAGUUUCAGGUAGUGUUCGCCAACAUAAAUUAGGGGACCUCUCAAAAGAAGAGGCACGGGCAUUGUUUGAAAAAAUGGCGUUCGAAUGUGCCAAAGAGAGUGAAAAUUCGAGUUUGGUGGAAAUAGGAAAGGAAAUUUUGAAAAAGUGUGGAGGAGUUCCUCUUGCAAUAAGGUCAAUAGGAAGCCUACUACGCCUAAAAAGAACGGAGGAUGAGUGGAUAUAUUUCAAGAAUCAAGAUUUGUCAAGUAUCACACGAGGAGGCGACCGUGUCAUGGCCAUUUUGAGAUUGAGCUAUAAUCACCUUCCGCGCCAUCUAAAGAUAUGCUUCGCAUAUUGUUCCCUCUUUCCAAAGGAUUUCCGAAUUGACAGAGUUGAUUUGAUUGAUAUGUGGAUCACUCAAGGCUUUAUUCAAUCAACUACUAGCAACAGAGACAAUGUGGAGGACGUUGCAAAUUCAUAUUUCGUGGAUUUGUUAAGAAGGUCAUUCUUUCAAGAAAUUGAAGAAAAAUCAUUUCCGCAAUUUUACAAAAUGCACGAUCUUAUUCAUGAUCUUGCAAAAGAAGUUGCGGAUAGGGAGUUCUUCUGUAUCACUAAAACAGAAGAUACAGAGAUUGUCCCAGAACAAGUGCUCCAUGCUUCUUGUUUAUUCCAGAUUAAUGGUUCAUUGGCAUUUCCCGAACCCUUCUAUGCGAAGCAUAUGAAGUUGCGGACAUUUAUUUACCUAAAUGGGUCUCCAUACAGUGUUAUGAGCAAUUCAAUGUUAGAGAGAAUGCUUGCAAGUUUUGAAUGUUUACGCGUUCUGCAUCUAUGUCACCUGCAGAUAAAAAAUUUGCCUCAAUCUUUAGGUGCACUGAAGCAUCUAAGAUAUCUUGCUAUUUCCUCUAGAAGCAUUGUUACUUUACCAAAUUCCAUCACGAAGCUGCAUAAUCUACAAGUUUUAAAGUUGGUUAAUUGCAUUAAACUCAAAAAAUUGCCAAGAGAUAUUUGGAGAUUGGUGAGUCUUCGAAGUUUGAUAUGUUCGUGGUGCCAAUCAUUAACCCAUAUUCCACCAGGACUUUGGCAGUUGGCAAGUGUCACGCAUCCACCAGGACUUUGGCAGUUGGCAAGUGUCACGCAUCUGGAUUUUGAUGGUUGCGGUUCAUUGGAAGAUAUGCCACCUGGAAUUGGCCAAUUGAUAUCUCUACGGACAUUGACAAGUUUUGUUGUAGGCAAAGAAAGUUGUAUAUCUGGUUUGGGAAGUGACAAGUUGGAUGAAUUAAAGAGCCUUGCUGAUCUCGGAAAUAGAUUACACAUUAAGUUCAUGGGACGAGCCCGUGCAAUUGGAGAAAGAAUACCUACCGAUAUAGUGAAAAGAAUGAAACAUCUUCGGAAGCUGUUCCUAGAGUUCGAAUAUGGAAAUCAAGAGGAUGAUACUGGAGCUGAUCUGAUAAUGUUGGAGGCCCUGCAGCCGCACCAAAACAUUGAAAGCUUGCAAAUAGAAAAUUAUAGUGGAUCAAGGUUCCCAAGUUGGUUGAUGGUUGAUAAUCUCGGCCUUUUGUUACCCAAGCUUGUUUAUCUAUAUAUCAGAGAUUGUCAUAAAUGCCAAAAGCUCCCACCAUUAUGGCGACUGCCUUCUCUCGAAGAUCUUGUACUCCAAUGGAAUCUUGACGUCGUGGAGAGCAUAGAAGGUGAUGAUGAUAAAUUCAUGCUACCAUCAAAUUCUCCUACAUAUGAGUGCUACUUCCCUUCCCUAAAACAACUUUAUUUGGGGAUAAUAAGUGAGAAGAUAUUGAAGCAAAUUCUUUGCCCACCUCCUCAUCCUUCUCCUCUUUUCAAUGUAAAUAGCUUGAGUCUAUUUUCUAUCGAGGGCCUAGCAACUAUGCCAGAGGAUUCGUUCAAGUGUCUCACUUCGCUCCAAUCCUUGUUUAUUAGUAACUGCAGAAAUCUGGUAUCUCUAUCCACAUGUCUAACUCACCUCACUUCCCUCGAGUUUGUAUGUAUAGAGAAUUGCCCUCUGCUUGAUUUGUCGAACAAAGAAGCAAUGCAAUUUGAUGUCCCGGGGAAUUUAUUGACUUUCAGUGUUAACAUGCUUGACAAGCUAAUGUCGCUUCCAGUUUGGCUCCAACAUUUCUCGAGUACUUUGAAGUCUAUAGUGAUUUGGGGAUGUCCUAACUUCACAACAAUACCAGAAUGGAUAGGCGACCUCAUUGCCCUCAAUCGAUUGGAAAUUGAUGUUUCACCUAUGUUGACAUCCUUUCCAGAAGGCAUGCGAUCUCUCGCAGCAUUGCAAGUGCUAAUUGUUACAAGAUGUUCAUCAAGUCUGAAGCAAAGAUGCGAGAAGGAAGGAGGAGAGCACUGGCCUAGUUACCAAUAGACCUCGGCGCUAUUGAAAAGUCACAUCUUUACUUGAAAAGUCUAUUAUGCCUUUAAUAUUAUAUAAACCUUCAUAUUUA